GAAGUGACGCAGUGGUGGACCGUUGCGUCAUGCGUGACGCUGUGUUGACAUUUGUUUGUGAGAGACAACAGUGGCUCGCUCGGGACGCUGUGAUUCCUGUGGGGACCUGACGCCAGCGACGCGGGGCUGCUCGAGUCCAGCGGCCUUGUGAAGGGGACUCGCUUGGACCUGUACCUUUGGCGUUCGCCCGGACCGCCGCCGAGCCGCGGUUCUGCUCGGGAACAAAACAAACGGACGAGUCACCCCCGCCUCACAACAGAGCGGGUCCGUCCGGGACGAGCUGCUUUGUUGCGGGACACCACAAAGUCGCCGUCCGACUUCAAAGUGCGAGGCUCCUGUUCUUAAGUGAGACUGGUCCCUCCGUCCCCCACCGGGUGCUAUGGAGCCGCUAGCCAGCUAACGCUAGCUGCUGUUGCCCUCUGGCUGAGUCGCUAGCCACAGCAUGUAGCGGCAGGCUGCUUCUCUCCGACACCGUCUAUUCAUCUGUGCGAGAGCGGGUCAUAAGAAUGUGAGGAUAAUGGCCAACUUCGAGGCUUACCAAGAGUACCAGCGAAUUGAGGACAUAGAGGAGGACUCGCCACCCGGGGAGGAGGACCUGCUGGUCCAUGUGCCCGAAGGCCUGAAAGACUCCUGGCAUCACAUCAAGAACCUGGACAACUUCUUCACGAGAAUCUACCAUUUCCAUCAGAAGAAUGGCUUUGCAUGCAUGAUGCUGUCGGAGUUCUUCGAGCUUGUCCAGUUUCUGUUUGUUGUUACGUUCACAACGUUCCUGGUCAACUGUGUGGAAUACGACGUUCUAUUUGCCAAUCGUGCUGUCAAUCACACUGAGCCGGGCCACAACCCGCUGGACAGAAGCAAGGUUACCAUUCAUGAUGCUCUCCUGCCGAGUCAGCAGUGCACUGACAGGAUUAAAGGAAACAGCUGGAUUAUUUUCCUGCUGGUUAUGGCCACCAUCUUCUGGAUCUACAGACUAGUGAAAGUCUUCUGCAAUGUCCUGAGCUUCUGGGAGAUCCGUCAGUUCUACAUCAAAGCUCUGAAGAUCAGAAUGGACGAACUAUGCAACUUCACGUGGCAGGAAGUUCAGGAUCGGCUCAUCAGCCUGCAGCGGGAGCAGCAGAUGUGCAUUCACAAGAAGGAGCUGACCGAACUUGACAUUUAUCACCGCAUCCUGCGCUUCAAGAACUACAUGGUGGCCAUGAUCAACAAAUCUCUUCUGCCGGUGCAGCUACAGCUCCCCCUGCUGGGCAAUGUGGUGUUCCUCACACAGGGCCUGAAGUACAACUUCGAGCUCAUCCUCUUCUGGGGUCCAGGCUCUCUGUUCCAAAACAAGUGGAACCUGCACCCCAAGUACAAGAGGAACGGCAACCGGCUGGAGCUGGCGCAGCAGCUGAGCCGGGUCAUCCUGCUCAUGGGCCUGGCUAAUCUGCUGCUGUGUCCGUUCAUCCUGGUGUGGCAGGUGCUCUACGCCUUCUUCAGCUACACCGAGGUGAUCCGGCGGGAGCCCGGCAGCCUGGGCGCCCGCCGCUGGUCGCUCUACGGACGCUUGUACCUGCGUCACUUCAACGAGCUGGACCACGAGCUCCAUGGACGGCUGGGCCGCGGCUACAAGCCCACGUCCAAGUACAUGAACUCCUUCACGUCGCCGCUGCUGACGGUGCUGGCCAAGAACAUCGCCUUCUUCUCCGGCUCAGUUUUGGCUGUACUCAUCGCGCUGACUGUGUACGACGAGGACGUUCUGACCGUGCAGCACAUCCUGACGGCCAUCACCGUGCUGGGCAUCGUCAUCACCAUCACCAGGUCCUUCAUCCCGGACGAGCACAUGGUGUGGUGCCCGGAGCAGCUGCUGCAGUGCAUGCUGGCCCAUAUCCACUACAUGCCGGACCAUUGGAGGGGCAAUGCUAACAAGAGCGAGACUCGGGACGAAGUGGCUCAGCUGUUUCAGUACAAGGCGGUGUUCAUUCUGGAGGAGCUGCUCAGUCCCAUCGUCACCCCCUUCAUCCUCAUCUUCCACCUGAGGAACAAGUCUUUGGAGAUCAUCGACUUCUUCAGGAACUUCACGGUGGAGGUGGUGGGUGUGGGGGACAUCUGUUCCUUCGCUCAGAUGGACAUCAGGCGUCACGGGAACCCCACAUGGCUGUCUGAGGGCCAGACGGAGGCGUCCGUCUACCAGCAGGCUGAGAACGGCAAGACGGAGCUGUCCCUCAUGCACUUCACCAUCAAGAACCCGCGCUGGCAGCCGCCCCAGGAGAGCUCCGUCUUCAUCAGCCACCUGAAGGAGAAGGUGCACCACGACGCUCAGAGUGGGCCGUCCACUCAGCUCUUGCUCUCUGAAGCUCCUUUCUGCAGCUCACUGCAGUCCAACGGGUCUGGCACCAUGCCGGAGAGUUUGUUGGCCAGCGUCCUGGCUCACCCGGUUCUGACGGCGUCGGGCCUGCAGGGCGCAGAGCAGCGCUUCCUCCCGCCCAGCACGGCAGCUUCCGCCGCCGCCAGCGUCCUGGCCUCCCUCUCUGCCUCCCAGCUGCCACAUGGCAGCAGAGGCCGCUCCCCGGGGCUUCUGCCGGCCUCCGUCCAUCCAGAGAGCACCAUGUACCGCAGCGACCGCACCAUCAUGGACAGCAUGUCCAACAGUGACGCUCGGUACCGCAGCACCACGCUGCACUCAGAGUUCGCCUCGGCUGAGAUGAGCCUUCACGCUAUUUACAUGCACGAGCUACACCAGCAAACCUCCCACCCACAGAGAAGCUCCGGACAGUGGCAGACCCCAGUGCCGAUGAGAGAGCUGCACCCCGGUACAGGCUUCCAGGACCGCGCUCGACUGAGCUCCACCACUUCCCUGCCCACCCCCGUGCACCUGGGCGGCUGGCAGGAGGAAGAGGAGGAAGAUGAAGAGGAAGAGGAGCUCAACAGUGGCUCCCACAGGGCCGCGACGGCCAGUAGCUGAAGUGCCUUCCCAGAAGGUGGUUGACUCUUUGGUGGAGCCUUCACACAUGCGCGGCGGACAGCGUGGCCUGAGGAAGACACCACGGAGGUGCCGUGAGCAUCUGUGUAUAUAACCACUGGGCCCGAGCCGUCGUGCAGACCAGGACCGGAGGGAAUCCAUUUGUCUUCCAUCUGUCGAUUUAAGGUUCAGCCACUGGCUCGCCAGACGUGUUGUGACGAGGUGUGUAAAUAUACUGUCAAAGUCUUAUCCAGAAUCAUGUGCACAUGCACAGUGUUGAAGCGCUGAAGCGUCAGUGCUGCUGCCACCCUGUGUUUGAGUCGACAGGUUUAGUUGAGCGGCGCUUUGUUUUACCACUGUGUGUUAGCAGACUGCUCUAACAAGUCGCUGGCGCUCCUGUGCAUGCAGGGGAGUCAGGCCUUCAUGUUGACCUCAGAGACCAACGCCUCCCAGUCGAUACCUCAGCCCUUGUCUUGUGUGUAAGUACGCUUGUGCGCCCUCUCACCCGCGACAGACCUUCCUUUAUUCACCCUGAAAUAUUUAUGCCAAGUAUGAUUUUAAUAUAUGUCUCUCAUGUACGUUGACCUGGGGGGCGGGGGGAUGUUGAGCAAGCCUCGAUAAUUCUCUUUUUUUUAUGAACCUCCAAACCUUCUAUUGGAAUGAUGGUAUGUUUUCCACAGAAGUAGAGCUUGGAUUUUUGACUAAUCUCAUCCUCCUGUUUGCGUUAGACGAAUCAAAGAUUGUAACUUUAGCAUCACAGUCCACAGCUUGACUCCCACCAUCUCCAUUUAGAUGUUUGACCUGCUCACUGGUGACGCGCUCUGUCACUGGCAGUGUGUUGAGCAGCUGUUCACGUCACGACUCUGCAUCAUGUAAUUACCGUCUAUUACACAACCCUGCUGCAAAAUGAGAGCAGCAAGUUGAGCUUCUCAUGAUGGAGUGGCCUGGUCACGAGGGUGUUUGCUCGAACUGCAACACUCUCCAGAUCAUUGGUUCCUCACCUCACUCUUGUUUGUUUGUGUUGGCUUUAAAAACUAUGACUUGCACUGACAUCACUAUGACACACACGUCCUGGUGGAGAUGUCAAACGCUCACAAAGGGAUGGGCGUGGACGUGUGCCACAGUCCCUGGGUCCAGCUCCCGGUCCCCUCAGAAGCUGUUGCGACCCUCAGUGUUGGCCCAUCCGCUCCGUUCUUCAAGCAGUGCCUUAAUAUUUGCUCUCCGUAGAAGCCACUGUGCGUCCUGUAGCUGGGAUGGUUGGUUUGGCAGCAAGUGUUAUGUCCAGUAUUAACUCCAUGCAGGUUGUUGUGAACGAGUGACUUUUUUUUUUGGUUGUUUUUUUUUUUUUUCUGUGACACAUUUGGUCACUCGUUUCUCUCCACGUCCCAGUGACUGGAUCAAGGUGCUACCCAGGCGUCCCGUCUUCUUCCACUCAGCUGUCUGUUGUUGUCAUUUCCACGAGCUGAAAACUGAAACAUGCCAAAUGAACUGGCCGCAGCUUUACAUGACGUGUGUCGUUUUGUGUGUGUGAGUAGAGCUGCGACGCAAACGUCAGGUUCUCUGGUUCUGCCGUGUUUAUUUUAAAUAAACCUAUUUAAUUUUCUCUCA